AUGGGAGUAGGCGACACUUCGAUCCGCUCGAGCGAGCGUCCUGAGACUGGCAGCGUCAACAUACCAGUUGGUGUAUUCCCGACGUCGUCGAAGAGUGAAUCCGUCGAUGCACACAAAGUAGCGAACGACAUAGUUACACGAUUCAACAAUGCACUUGGGAAGCAAGAUCAUGCGGCCAUCGCAAACCUCUUUUCCAAAGACAAUAGCUACUGGAGAGACCAUCUGGCAUUGACUUGGGAUCUUAGAACUGCGAAGGGUAUUGCCGACAUCAAGAAGUACCUGGACUCUAGCAAGGUGCGACUGGAAAAGAUUGAGGUAAAUCAGAGUUCAGACUAUCGGGCGCCGAAGUUUGGAGCAAUCGACGUUUUGGGCGAUGUUAAUGGCAUAAACUUCUUCGUAACCUUUGAAACAAGCGUUGGGCGUGGCGAGGGUGUCAUGAAUCUGGCGGAAGACAACGGGCAAUGGAAGGUGUUUACCUUUUACACAUUGCUGAAGGAGCUCAAGGGUUAUGAAGAGCCGCUAGGGCACCGACGGACGAAGGGGGUUAAACAUGGCGGAGACCCUGCCAGGAAGACCUGGAAGGAGACACGAGAUGCAGAGAAAGAAGACAUCGACCCGAAAGUGUUGAUUCUAGGUGCUGGACAGGGCGGGCUGACGGUCGCUGCGCGCCUGAAGAUGCUCAAUAUUCCCGCACUCAUGGUGGAUCAGAACGAAAGAGUUGGCGACAACUGGCGCAAGCGGUACCGGCAACUCGUACUGCACGAUCCGGUGUGGUACGACCAUAUGCCCUACGUGCCCUUCCCAGCACAUUGGCCUGUCUUUACGCCCAAGGAUAAGCUAGCUGAGUUCUUUGAAGCUUAUGUGAACCUGCUCGAACUCAACGUAUGGACUUCUACUAGCCUGCGGUCAACGUCGUGGGAUGAGAGUAAGAAGCAUUGGACCGUUACUGUCGAACGUCGGAAACUUGACGGAACCACUCAAACACGCACAUUGCACCCAAAACACAUCGUGCAAGCAACUGGUCAUUCGGGCGAGAAGAAUUUCCCCCAGAUCAAAGGCAUGCAAGGCUUCAAAGGCGACCGCCUAUGCCACAGCUCCGAGCACCCAGGCGCGAACCCAGAGUCCAAAGGCAAGAAGGCCGUUGUUGUGGGAUGCUGUAAUUCCGGUCACGACAUUGCGCAAGACUUCUUCGAGAAAGGGUACGACAUUACCAUUGUGCAGCGCAGUACAACAUGCGUUGUCUCCUCCGAAGCCAUUACCGACAUUGGCAACAAGGGUUUGUACGAUCAAGACGCGCCGCCCGUUGACGAUGCCGACCUUACUUUCUGGGGCUUGCCAAGCGAGCUUCUGAAGGCACAGCAGAUAAAAGUCACCAAGAUUCAAGCUGAUCAUGACAAGAAGAUCCACGACGGUCUUCGCGCAGCUGGCUUCGGUCUUGACAGUGGGCCGAUGGAUUCAGGCCUUCUCAUCAAGUACUUCCAGCGCGGUGGCGGCUACUAUAUCGAUGUCGGAGCGUCCCAGCUUAUCAUCGAUGGAAAAAUCAAGGUCAAGCAGGGCCAGGAGAUUGCACAGAUUCUGCCAAAUGGUAUCGAGUUUGCGGAUGGUGAUAAGCUAGAGGCCGAUGAGAUCGUGUUUGCGACUGGAUACCAAAACAUGCGCACGCAGGCACGUAAGAUCUUCGGAGACGAGGUAGCAGACCGUGUCAGCGACGUAUGGGGAUUUAAUAACGAAGGCGAAUUCAGAACCAUGUGGCAGAAGAGCGGUCAUCCUGGCUUGUGGUUUAUGGGUGGAAAUUUGGCUCUGUCGAGAUUUUACAGUAGGAUAUUGGCAUUGCAGAUCAAAGCUGUAGAAGAAGGUAUGAUAGAAGAUGGCGAAGGCACGAAGGCGAGGCUGUAG